AUGCUUCAUGGCCCAAUAUUACGUAAGGCACAGUAUUUUGACGUCCUGCAAGUGGCCCCGCUAUUCGUUAAAAUGCCACCAUCUGAUAUACGGCCUUGUGAGCCGACAUCGGCAAACUACAAAUUGUUACUAGACUCACAAGAAUCUUCUCUUAUUGCUGACAAUGUUACCGAUCAGACUUUGAAUAGUAUGGACCACAUACACAAUGAAGUUGAGCAAGGUGCAUCGAAAAGUGUUGAAACUUCGACCUCUGCCGUUUUAACCCAUAAACAACAAGUUUGUAGCCUUUAUAAAAGGGCUUUGCGAAAUCUAGAAGUGUGGUACGAUCGAAGGCAUAUUUAUCGCUACCAAGCUCAACUCCUGAAGAAACGCUUUGACGAAUUGCGUUGCAUUAAAGACUUGCUGAAAGCUCAAGAGUACCCGAAAGUGAUGACCCCCGUAACAAGGGAAACCACGCCCCGAGCUGUGAAAGUGCCACCGGCAGACAUUUUCGUUGCCCCUUCCUCGAAUUCGAAGCCCUACUUAACGGCCUUGCAUGCUGGUGCGUCGGCAAUUUUCGCAGAAGUCUACUACCUUCCCGGUGACAUUUGGAUAUUCCUUUUUUUCACCCGAUUCGCGCGUCAAAUCUGGUAUGUCGUCAGCGGCGACCAUGAACUAGGUGCGACUGUCCGGUCGUCGGCAUCAUAUAAUUUCACAGCAAAUUGGCCGCAGCUAGUUCGGCGAGACAAACUCAACAACCAGCUGACUUCAAGGACGUUGCCGCAGGGAGCCAGAAUCGUCGUCAAGGAUCAAUCACACGCUUAGGAGCCCCAACCUCAAGAAAGAAAAAGCUGCCAUCCGAGUUAUUAGUAUUACUUCAUUUUUUAUACAAACAAUUUUAAACCGCCGCAAGACACAUCAUUGAUACGCUUUUAGAAAUUCAUCGGUGUGGUUCCGCUCUUGUGGCGAGUUUUUUUUCAUUUUGGUUUGCGCAUCCGCUUCGGGGUGCUUCGUUGGUGUCUUGGUUUCGCUCGUGCGGGUAUUUGUGGGUGCGGUCUGCCGCGGUCAAAGUAGGGCCUUAGAGAAUUCGGUAUCGUCGCGGCUUCGACAAAAACUCGCGUCGGAAAAUCAGCUUUAGAUAUAUAUUUUUUUAUUCGUAUAUA